GGGCUGGAGGAGGAGCGAGGAGGCCGCUCCCGGGGCUGGGGAGAGCUGGGCGCACGGAAGGAGGAAGAGCGCGGCCGCCGCGGUGCCGAGCGAGCAGCGCCGAGCGGGGGAGCCCGGCCCGCGGGACGGGGACCGAGGGCAUCGCGGUGGGCACUGCGUGACCCCGAGCUGCCGCCCCGAUGGGCAGCGUGGCGGGCAGGGGGCCGGUGUGACCCACCGGGGGAAGCCCAGCAGCAUCAGCGCUCCGCUCCCGCUCGGCUGAACCCCAAAAGCUCAGCUCGCUGCCCACAGCACCCCACAAGGGCCACGGGAGCCCUGCACGGCGUCUGUGAGGGACGGCUGGAGCCUCCGUGAUGAGGAUCAUCCAGACCUCCAGCCUCCCCCAGCUGCCCCCCUGGUGCUCCUGCCACGCUGCCUGCCCGCAGGGUUCCCCGUCCCUAUGAGCAUCACCUCGGUGGCUCCCUGUCACCCGCCGAGACCUGCAGCCAGCACCGCUCUCGGGUACAGGGGGCCCGGUGUCCCCACGCCACCCCCUCCUUUACCCGCCCCAGCAGCCCCCGUGACUGCCAGCAGCCCCUGCUGAGCUGGAUGUGGGCCUGGGGCGGGGACACGGCGCAGCAGGAUGGCGGCAGCAGGAUGGUACCACCGCGACAUCAGCCAGGUGGUGGCCGAGGGGCUGCUGGCCAAGGCCGGGCGGGACGGCUCCUUCCUGGUGCGGGACAGCGAGUCGGUGAAGGGGGCAUACGCCCUGUGCCUCCUGUUCCAGAGGCACGUCUACACCUACCGCAUCCUCCCCGAUGACGAGGGGCUGCUCUCCGUGCAGACCAUCCAGGGCAUCCAAGCCAAGUGUUUCCGCACCCUCCCCGACCUGAUCGGUACCUACCAGCACCCCAACAACGGGCUGGUAACCCCGCUGCUGCACCCCGUGCACCGGGCGAGGCCGGACGAGGACUCGGACGGGGAGGAUGCCCGAGGCUGGGGGCACACGGUGCCGUGUCCCGGCGCUCCCCCCUCCAGCCGGACCCACAUCCCGCAGCAGCUGCACCAGAGGCUGCAGGAGCAGGUCCACAGCAGCCCCGCCAGUGACUUCAUGGGCUUCAUGGCCGAGUACCUGACCCACCACGUGCAGCUGGACCUGGAGGCUCUGUGCCACGGGCACCCGCAGCUGCGGCACCUCAGCACCGCACUCGCCACUGCCUGCCGGGCACUGCACAGUGAGAUCGACUUCACGCUGGCAGGUCUGGAGACCCUGGCCAGGGUGUUCGACCCCCCUGUGUCCCCUCGCAGCCCGGCCAGGGAGCAGGGUUUCCUGAGCAGCGAUCCAGACUUGGAACUGCUCCUCAACAAGAUAUCCACUGUCAACCAACUCCUCUCUUCGCUGGAGAAGAAGGUGCUGAAGUCGCUGCAGGAGACAGUGACAAGGCACAACCUGGCACUGCCCAGCGUGGCUGUGGCCCCCCCGCCAGCUGCCAGGCCCCUGGCCGUGCAGAACUUCGAGGUGAAGGUGGGGAAGUCCCAGCGUGCGGCCCUGACGGUGGACGUGGAGUUGGGGACAGUGACUGUCACCAAGCGGGGCAGCGGCUCCCCGGAGGAGGUGAUCCCACAGGAUAAAAUCCUGCAGCUGAUCAAGUACCAGAGUGUGCAGAGCAAGGUGAGGCUGAUGUGUGCCCGUGACAACCAGAAGAGCGUGAGCAGGGAUUUCAUCUUCUCCAGCGCGCGGAAGCGAGAGGCCUUUUGCCAGCUGCUGCAGCUGAUGAAGAUCCAGCAUUCCAACCUGGAUGAGCCUGAGCUCAUCUCAGUGUAUGUCGGGACAUGGAACAUGGGCAGCACACCCCCACCCCGCUCCCUGGCCUCCUGGCUGACCUCAAGAGGUUUGGGGCGCACGCAGGACGAGACCACGGCCUGCAUCCCCCAUGACAUCUAUGUCAUCGGCACCCAGGAGAACUCCCUGGGCGACCGCGAGUGGGUCGAGUUCCUCUGCGCCUCCCUCAAGACCCUCAUGGCCAUCGACUACCGAGUGGUGGCCCUGCAGUGCCUGUGGAGCAUCAAGAUCGUGGUGCUGGUGAAGCCGGAGCACCUGCGGCGCAUCAGCCACGUCCACACCUCCAGCGUGAAAACCGGGAUCGCCAACACACUGGGGAACAAGGGAGCUGUGGGCGUCUCCUUCCUUUUCAACGGGACCUCCUUCGGCUUCGUCAACUGCCACCUGGCCUCUGGCAGCGAGAAGACCCACAGGCGUAACCAGAACUACAGUGACAUCUUGCACUCCCUGGCCCUGGGGGACAAACGUCUGGGGGGCUUCGACCUCACCCUGCGUUUCACCCACCUCUUCUGGUUCGGGGACCUCAACUACCGCCUGGACAUGGACGUGCAGGACAUCCUCACCCACAUAGUCAAGAAGGAUUUCCAAGCCCUCCUGGCUGUCGACCAGCUUAACCUGGAGCGGGAGAAGAACAAGGUGUUCCUGCGGUUCAGUGAGGGUGACAUCUCCUUCCCUCCCACGUACCGGUACGAGCGGGGCACCCGGGACACCUAUGUGUGGCAGAAGUCCAAGCCCACAGGGGUGCGGAUCAAUGUCCCCUCGUGGUGUGACCGUAUCCUGUGGAAGUCACACCCGGAGACCCACGUGGUCUGCAACUCCUACGGCUGCACCGAUGACAUCGUGACCAGUGACCACUCACCUGUCUUUGCCACCUUUGAGGUGGGAGUGACGUCGCAGUUUGUGCCCAAGGAGGCUCCCGGCUCCAGCCCUGAGGCGCUGGCCUGCAUCGAGUGGGAGAGCAUCGAGGUGAUCCUGAAAACCACGAGCCGCAGCAAGUGCUACAUCGAGUUCCACUCCUACUGCCUGGAGGAGAUGCAGCGGAGUGGGGAGAACACCUUCCAGAACUGUGACAUCCCCGGAUUCCUCAAGCUGGGCUGGUCCUCCAAGCAUCUGCCUGUGCUGAACCCCAUCCUGCCCGACCUGGAGUACCUGGGGGACCAGCACCUGCUCCUCAGCAUCAAGGGCGUGGAGAGCUGCGAGUCCUACGGCGAGUGCUGCCUCGCCGUGAGGUCAGCGAUCGGCACCACGGCCCAGCAGUUCGAGACCUUCCUGUUCCACCGGGGCGAGGAGACGGGCUCCGUGCGCGGCUGGAUGCGAGUCCGGGUCCCCCGGGGCCGCUGCGGCACCCGCGAGAGGCUCUACGAGUGGAUCAGCUUUGAGGAGGAGGAUGCUGAGCCGGCGGCAGAGGCCCCGGUGUGCCCCAAGCCACGCCCGCAGCGCCUCAGGAGCCGCCCCCGCAGCCUCCCGGAGCCAGCCACCGGCUACACCAACCCCGCCUACUUCAUCUUCGAGGGGGUCCCCAACGCGUGGCUCCCGGCCCCCGGAGCAGCCCCCAAGAAGCAGGCGGAGGGCUCGGCCGGGGGCCAGCAGAGCCGGAGCCCCACUGGACCGCGGGUCCCGUUGCCCUCAGAGGAGGAACCGUGGGGUGGCCGGCCCCGCUGUGGGCCACCGAGCCCAUCCCGUGGGCCCCCACUCAGCCCCCCCAGAGUGGGCCACCACAAGAGACCCAAGUCGGCCGUCCUGACGAGGGACACGGCGGGGCUGGGCGACUGCUCGCUGUAUGUGGCCACUCACCUGAGCCAGCUGGACCAGGUGUCACCGCACUGCAGGGGGGACAGACACGAGGUCCCACUGCGCCAGACCCACCCCGCCCUGGAGCCGCCGCCGCGGCCCUGCCGGGAAGCGCCGAAGCCCCUGGGGAAGCGGGGAGGGCUGGAUGCUUUGGAGCUGGAGGCUCCUCCUCCCGCCGACCUGCAGCCUGCCAGGAUGCAGUGACAGCUGUGCCAGCCCUGAGCACCCUCGUGCCCUCGGCAGCUGCUCCCUCCUGCUCAGCCCUGCUCAGACGGUGUUCCCGGAGGACUUUCCCUUCAGCACAAUUCCCGAGGCUGCUGCGCUGGUUCCUUACAGGAUUCCCUUUGCUAUCACUGUCCAGAAUAAAGCGUCAGGGACUUGG